GAGCGCGCGCCCGCACCCCACCCGCAUUCGGGCCAGCGGAAGUCGAGCCUAGAGGCGGGGCCGUCGCGCAGUGGUGACGUUGUGUUGCCGGCGCGGGCGGGUGACGCGGUGGGGCCCGUUGUCUGUGUGUGGGGCUGAGGGGCCCCGGGGGCGGUGGGGGCUCCCGGCGGGGGCGGCGGUGGGUCGGAAGGGCCUGGACAUGGCGUUGAGGGGCCGCCCCGCGGGAAGAUGAAUAAGGGCUGGCUGGAGCUGGAGAGCGACCCGGGCCUCUUCACCCUCCUGGUGGAAGAUUUCGGAGUCAAAGGGGUGCAAGUGGAGGAGAUCUAUGACCUUCAAAGCAAAUGUCAGGGCCCUGUAUAUGGAUUCAUCUUCCUGUUCAAAUGGAUCGAAGAGCGCAGGUCCCGUCGCAAGGUCUCCACCUUGGUGGAUGAUACAUCCGUGAUUGAUGAUGAUAUUGUGAAUAACAUGUUCUUUGCCCAUCAGCUAAUCCCCAACUCUUGUGCCACUCAUGCCUUGCUGAGUGUGCUCCUCAACUGCAGCAACGUGGACCUCGGGCCCACCCUGAGUCGCAUGAAGGAUUUCACCAAAGGCUUCAGCCCUGAGAGCAAAGGAUAUGCAAUUGGCAAUGCCCCAGAAUUGGCCAAGGCACAUAAUAGCCAUGCCAGGCCUGAGCCACGUCACCUCCCUGAGAAGCAGAAUGGCCUUAGUGCAGUGCGUACCAUGGAGGCGUUCCACUUUGUCAGCUAUGUGCCUAUCACAGGCCGGCUCUUUGAGCUGGAUGGGCUGAAGGUCUACCCCAUUGAUCAUGGGCCCUGGGGAGAGGAUGAGGAGUGGACAGACAAGGCCCGGAGGGUCAUCAUGGAGCGUAUUGGCCUCGCCACUGCAGGGGAGCCCUACCACGACAUCCGCUUCAACCUGAUGGCAGUGGUGCCCGACCGCAGGAUCAAGUAUGAGGCCAGGCUACAUGUGCUGAAGGUGAACCGUCAGAMAGUACUGGAGGCCUUGCAGCAGUUGAUUAGAGUAACUCAACCAGAGUUGAUUCAGACCCACAAAUCUCAAGAGUCACAGCUUCCUGAAGAAUCCAAGCCAGCCAGCAGCAAGUCUCCCCUCGUGCUGGAGGCAGGCAGGGCCCCAGCAGUUUCUGAGGGCAUCCACACAGACGGUGCAGAGGAGGUGGCUGGUUCAUGCCCACAAGCUCCGACCCACAGUCCUCCCAGCAAACCCAAGCUGGUGGUGAAGCCUCCAGGGAGCAGCCUCAAUGGGGUUCCCCCCAACCCCACCCCCAUUGUCCAGCGGCUGCCAGCCUUUCUAGACAAUCACAACUAUGCCAAGUCCCCCAUGCAGGAGGAAGAGGACCUGGCAGCAGGUGUGGGCCGCAGUCGAGUUCCAGUUCGCCCUCCCCAGCAGUACUCUGAUGAUGAGGAUGACUAUGAGGAUGAUGAGGAGGAGGAUGUGCAGAACACCAACUCUGCCAUCAGAUACAAGCGGAAAGGGACAGGGAAGCCAGGGUCAUUGAGCAAUUCUGCGGAUGGGCAGCUAUCGGUGCUGCAGCCCAACACCAUCAAUGUCUUAGCUGAGAAGCUCAAAGAGUCCCAGAAAGACCUCUCAAUUCCUCUGUCCAUCAAGACUAGCAGCGGGGCUGGGAGUCCAGCUGUGGCAGUGCCCACACACUCGCAGCCCUCACCUACACCCAGCAAUGAGAGCACGGACACAGCYUCUGAGAUCGGUAGUGCUUUCAACUCACCUCUGCGCUCGCCCAUUCGCUCAGCCAACCCGACACGGCCCUCUAGCCCUGUCACUUCCCACAUCUCCAAGGUGCUUUUUGGGGAGGAUGACAGUUUGCUGCGUGUUGACUGCAUACGCUACAACCGAGCUGUCCGUGACCUGGGUCCUGUCAUCAGCACGGGCCUGCUGCACCUUGCUGAGGAUGGUGUGCUGAGUCCCUUGGCACUGACAGAGAGUGGGAAGGGUUCCUCACCCUCUGUCAGACCGAGCCAAGGCAAUCAGGGGUCCAGCAGCCCAGAGGAGAAGGAGGUGGUGGAAGUCACGGACAGCAGAGAGAAGACUGGGCUGGUCAGACCCGGCGAGCCCUUAAGUGGGGAGAAGUACUCACCCAAGGAGCUACUAGCACUGCUCAAAUGUGUGGAGGCUGAGAUCGCAAACUACGAGGCUUGUCUCAAGGAGGAGGUAGAGAAGAGAAAGAAGUUCAAGAUUGAUGACCAGAGAAGGACCCACAACUAUGAUGAAUUCAUUUGUACCUUCAUCUCCAUGCUGGCUCAGGAAGGCAUGCUGGCCAAUCUGGUGGAGCAGAACAUCUCAGUACGGCGGCGCCAAGGGGUCAGCAUUGGCCGGCUUCACAAGCAGCGGAAGCCUGAUAGGCGGAAACGCUCUCGCCCCUAUAAAGCCAAGCGCCAGUGAGGACUGCGGCUCUGACUCUGCAGCCUGCUCUUGCCUGAGGCCCUCACCAGGGCCCCUCCCUGCCUCACUCCCCGUUUCCCAGUAUUACUGAAUAGUUCCAGCCAGAGAGCCCAGGCCUUGGGAGUGGGAGCCAGUCCAUGUUACCUGUAUCACAUCCUAGGGCCUGGCAGUGGGCAGUCAGCCCCAUAAUGCUCAGGAAGCAGCAGCUGGAGUUGGGUCACAGUAGGGUGCUGUGGCUUCCUCCACAGCUGGCUGUGGAGCAGCAGGACCUGGCCCUUCUGCCUGGGCAGCAGAAUAUAUAUUUUACCUAUCAGAGACGUCUAUUUUUCUGGGCCCCAACCCAUCUUGCCACUGUAUUAACAUAGCCACCUUCAUGACUCUGCUUUCUCUCUUAGCAGCUGUCAUCCUUGUAGGCCCAGGUCCCUGCAUCACACCAGGGUCACAACUGUAGGGUACCAGCUGGCAUUGGAUCCUGCUGCCCCAGCUACCUGCCUGUCCCUGUGGUGAGGAAGCCAGGCCCACUCUCUACAUUCCUCCUGGGAGAAUGCCAAACUCAGGGAUGCGGCUGUUGAUGAAAUGGGCAGUUGCUGGGGUCCAGUGACUUGAGCAGAGAGAGAAGUGUUUGAACUGUUUGGUGGCCUAUAAACUGUCCUAGUUCUAGCUGGGCUUGUUGAGACUAUUGUCCACAGCAAGGCUCUGGGGCUCUUUGCCUUCAGUGUUGUGGCCCUGACUAUGGGCCUACCUUGGAUUCCUGGUCUCUGUCCCUAGAGCCUGGGGCUCAGAGGAGCCUCUGCCCAGCCCCUCAGUAUUACCAUAUCUCCCUCCUCUUAGGGACAGCAGAGAUUGGGCUGCUUGCAGGAGCUGGUGCCUCUCAGCUCUCACUGCUGCACCCGCUUCCUUGGCCUCUGCCAGGCACUCAGGGUAGGGGAUGGCAGGAUCAAGACAAAUCAGUUGGAGUCCCUGUGUUCCCAGAGGGCUUGAUGCCAGGGGGUAAUGGGCUCAGCACUGCCUCUGGAGCUCAGGCCCCAAACAGCCCUGUGGUCUCCGCCACAUGGCUUGAAGGUGAUCCAAACAGGUCCCUUAUCUGUACAUAAUGACUGGGGGGKCUGGCAAGUGUGGCAGCUGCCUCUCUGGGCUGAGCAUGGCCUGUCCYUUCUGGCUCCUGUAAAUACUGGAUCAGUGAAUGAAUAAAACUGCUACGAAAUGA